AUGGAUUCGUUCAGAAACCUAGCUAAAUCUGCAGGAUUUGACUAUUUCACACAGGGGGAUGAUCAUGACCAAGGUGAGAAGUCUGUGAUGGACAAGGGGGAGCCACGAGCGGAUGAAUUGGAGCUCGGGAUGAAUGCAGAGGUGCGGCUUUUCCAUUCUUUGAACCGGUUUGUUGCACUGUGCAACAAGAGGGGCAAGGCGCAAUCCGUUGGCGACCUUUCAGAUAUUGAUGCGAGGGCUGUGGUAUUGUUGAGAACGAAACUGCUGGAUUUUCUGAGGUGCAGACAGGCGGACAGUAUCCUGCAGGCCACUGGCAACGACGACGAUUCACUCAGAAGCGUGCUGAAUCAUUGGUGGAUCACGCUCGUGAAUUCACUCAGGGUUGACACAUUUACGGCUCAGCGGGCGCCGUUCCCCAUUGAGCUUGUGCGCGCUAUCUUUGAGUCUCUGUAUCGGAUAAUGAGCAUGCUGAUGAUCCUCCCGCGGCAUCCCUAUAAAGAAUUGAAGGUCUACGCGCAGAACUUGCUGACAACGGUAAGGUUUUGCACGCACCGGCUGAUCUUCAACACGAAACGAUAUAGGGGGAAACUUUCCUCUGAUGAGUUCGGCUACCUGCAAGCUUACGAUUCGACUCUGCAAGACGUUCUGGGUCAACUCAACGCGUACUCGUUUAUCUACCUCCCGGAUCAUAUGGAAUUCGAUCUACAGCUGGUCACUUUGGUCGUUGGGAAGGGUAGGCGGUUUAGAGUGGACAACAGCGAAGGCGCGCUGUUUCCCUGGAAGAAAAGAUGUAUAGUGAGCACAAGAAGGCCUCAUGCUUGCCGCUUUGCGGAACACCAGGACACGAAACUCUUCAAAGUGCUUCUGUCGUAUCUGAAGAAGGACUCAAUCUUCCUUCAAUUCUAUUUCCACUACUGGCACGUAAUCCUCUCGUUCAUCCACAGUGGAGCCGUGCACGUAUCGUUCGACCGGCCCGCGCAAUUGGCACUGGUCCCGGGGGCCAAGAUCAUCAUGGAAUACUGCAUUACAGAGUCCCUGCAAGUGGACCUCCACAAGAUCAGCAGCACAAAGAGCGGUUCAUUAUCCUCCAGCCGCGUGGACGCGACGAUGCCCGAAUCGGCGGCUCUGCGGUCGAAGUUUUCUCAUACAGCUGCAGGGUCCACCUGUGGUCGAAACCUGCGCGUUGGUCUCAUAUGGCGGAUGUUGCAUCGUGUCCAGAGUGUGCUGCCGUGGGACUGUGCUGAGGACACCAAUUUCUCGAGUUUGGUACUCGUGCACGACCGAGUGCAGCUGCGGACUCUGCGACGAACACCUGCGUACCAUGCAGCGACCGCGCGGGCAGUCUUCGAGGAUCUCUUCAGCGGCAUGGUUCGGUGUUUCCCUCGCGGGAUCGACUGGUCAGCGUGGUGCUCUGCACUCGUUGUACAGCUACGGACGCUUCGGUACGAGAACUGCGUGGUGGCACUGACGACAUUGUUUAAUAACUGGACGCAUAUUCCUGAGCGGCAUGCGGUGCAGGUCGUGCGAGAUGUCAUGGAAUUGUCUGGGAUGAUCGUGCACGGUUUCUCGGAGCUCGUCGUGGUACUGUAUGUGAAACUCAUUGUGUUCAAGUUCUCGACGGUGCAAGACCGGGAGUCGCUGCAGCUCGUACAUCGCACGCUGCAGGGUCACCAUGGUAGGAUGCAGUUCCUGAAAAGUGUGUGUCCUGGUACUCGAGACAGUAGCGAUGGAUCCCCGCUCAUCUUCCAUGGGGGGAAGAAGUUUGUCCUCAGUAGCAAACCGGGGACGCGUACAGUAUUCGGUGGUGUAGCCGCCGUGUCCCCCGGUCCUCUGGACCGUGGUCUUGCGACGCAGAUCCCCGAGGAAUCUGUGGCCUGUGCAGAUGCACGCUGGGUGGAGGACACCGGUGUAAUGUUCAAAGUGAUGUUUGCUGGCGGUGCUUCCGGGAAGGCUUUUGUUCGACGGAUUGAGCUCUACAACCGUUCAUGGGGGGUUGUUUCCGGUGCUGAAGACCAGGGCCGCGCUCAAAGUGCCCUUUCUGAGAAGUACCUUCCCUCAGUGUCGCGGCCGCUGGACCUUUCACUGUUUACUGCGGGAGCUGACGAUCGGGCCUUGGCAGUGCACGACGAUGAAGAUACUAGUAUCACGCCCCGAUCUGUAACGGAACUGGCGCAAUUGCAGCGUCUUAUGGAGGUGUACCAUUUGACGAUGGCCGAGUAUUCGGACUACACGAACAUGUUAAAUAACGAGUAUAUAACUAUAGAGUACAUUGUGUGA